AUGAAAAUUAACUUUUCAUUUUCCGCCAAUGAAAGAACGUGACAUUGGCCGAGAGAGUGGGCAAAUAACUGCAACGACAUUGCCAAAUCUGCCCGCUGCUGUUCUUUAUGAACUUUGUGCCUAUCUUUGGCCAAGAGACAUUUCAUACUUGGUCAGCACGGCCCGUAAUCUAGCUUUCAAGGACGAAAAUGGCAGAAGCAAUCUUGUGGGCAAUGGACUGUCAUUUUUUCGGCCCACCAAGCCUCUUCCUGCGGCUGUAGUAGAGGACCUAAUUGCCCGUCAUCUACCGCCCUGUCGAGCACUCCAAAUUCUGGAUCUCUCUUCAGCAGAACUCACUCCUAGUAUCCUGCUUACUUUAGGAAGGCUUGCUGCAGUAAAUGGUGUAUUUCAGUGCGUAUCGUCUCUGAGUUUAUGGGAUAACAAUCUCGGAAGUGAGGGCUGUCUUGCUUUGGCCGAGGCACUCGGACAAGGAGGCUUUCAUUCUCACCUACGAGGUAUCUACAUUCGGGCCAAUCAAAUUACGUGUGAUAGUGACGACGAUGUUGGCAUGGCAAUAGACGAAGCGAUAGGCAGGCUCGCUGUCGGGGGCGCUCGAGAUUCUGUAGGUGUUCUUUGCCAGGUGUUGAAAACAGGUGUGCCUAGCGCUCUCUUGACGUCCCUGAGCCUCGCACAAAACAAUCUGGGGCACUUGUCGGCUAUGUACAUCGGCGAUGCCCUCGCAGCCCCAGCUCUUAAACGGUUGCGAAAACUAGAUUUGCACUUGAAUCGAUUAGGUGAUCGGGGCGUGGCCUCAUUGGCGGAAGGGAUAUCUGCCGGUGGAGGGAUGCCGUGUCUGGACGAAUUGUACCUAGGCUAUAAUAAGAUUGGAGACGCAGGAGCAAGAGCCGUAGCUGGCUGUUUGGAGGGCAUGGUGGUUCUGCGGGAGCUAGACUUAGCGUCCAACGCCAUAGGAAACGAAGGGGCACUCGCCUUCGCCAUGCAUCUGUCAGAUGGAGGCCGUGACGAAGAGAGGAUAAGUCACGUUCGUCCAAGAUUGCUCCUAGAAACUUUAGAUUUGAAGGAGAAUAGGAUCGGUGAUGAUGGAGCUUGUGCAUUCAGGGACUUUUUAGCCUGCGCUGGAGAGCAUGAGUCUGGCAUGGGGGGCGGGCGAACGGAGGAGGAAAAGAUUGGAUUGUACUGCCCCAAGCUCCUCAACAUCUUCCUCGAUCAGAACCGAGCCAUUCGUGCACGAGGUCGCAACGCUUUGCAAGUCCUCCAAACAACAAGAGGCAUACGAUGCAUGGAGGGGGCAGACUGGUGAGAUGUGGCAGGUUGUUGAGCGGCAGCAGGGGGACAGAGGCCAUAUGCACUCACAUUUUCAGCGAAAUAAGUCGUAUGAGCUGCUAUAUACGGAACCACGUUGCCCUUCAAAAUUACGACAUCGAACGUG